CGUCAGCUGGGAGAAGGCUGAACCUUAGCCAAUCACGGGCAGGAGCAGCUCCAGGAGGAGGAGCGAGAGAACCACGCGUCCUUCAAUAAAUGAAAGAAAAACUGUGCAGUUCCUCAAGCCGUGCAUCUCUCAACACUGAAACUUCUCUCGGAAACGGUAGUAAAGGGAUGCAAAAUCUCCCCACUCCCAGCUGUAAAAUACCACAAGAGGGCAUCAUGUCUGACAAGAAGGCCGUGAUCAAAAAUGCAGACAUGUCUGAUGAAAUGCAGCAGGAUGCAGUGGACUGUGCCAUGCAGGCGAUGGAGAAGUACAACAUCGAGAAGGAUAUUGCUGCUUAUGUUAAAAAGGAAUUUGACAAGAAGUAUAACCCCACAUGGCACUGCAUCGUUGGCAGAAACUUUGGCAGUUAUGUGACACAUGAAACCAAACACUUCAUCUACUUUUACCUGGGCCAGGUGGCUAUUCUGCUCUUCAAGUCGGGCUAAAGUGUACGGUUAUGCGUAUGCUGUCGCCUCUCUGCAGACAUGCCUACCUCCUGGUCCACUGCCCUCAUUUGUCAAUUACUUUGUGCCAACUGCGAAACGACCAUCAGAGAUGAGUGCUAACAGCCAUGUCUGGACAAAUGAUUCAAAGGAAGUCUAAGCGUUAGGAUCCAUCUGAUGGUGGCCCCUGGUCGGCGUUUGUACAUCUUACUAUCUCAGUUUUCUCAGUGUUUUGCUUUUCCGCUUUGUGCCGACCUGUACAUUAUUUCAAAGGAAUUUGUCGUGAAAUAACUUAUUUUUUCCGUGCAUUAAAAUGAGCAACUGAGUUUGUGUUCUAUUGCCUUUAAAUUUUCAGUGAUAUCUUGUGGACUAAAGAUACCAGGACUGUUGCUUAAACCUAAUAAAAGCUGUGACCUGCAGAGAGCUGAAGAAGUUUCUACGUGCUUUUACAAUUCCUGGUUAUGCCUGUGAAGAUCCAAAUGUUGCUGUAUAUCUUUAAAAG